AAGAGUCGAGAACUCAAAGCCUCACCUCCUUCCAAAUAUUAAUCCAUCAAUUAUACUUUGUAAAGUAUACUCCGUAUAGCCUUUUUUGUAUGCGCUACAUAGAGUGAUGUGUAUUGAGUCACGAGGUAGUAGGGUACGACCAACCUGACAAAGUCUAUGGACCCAGGUCCAUCGUUUUCGGUGCAUAAAUACAUAAACACCUGUGGGUCAAACAACCCAGGCCCCAUCUCACAAUAAUAUUUAGAUUUCCUUUCAACACAUAUAUUUCCAAGAAACCCGGCCCAAUCUCAUUAUUAACCUUAUAAUUACAUUCCUCACAUUCAAUUCCACUAUAAAAACCAACAAAAAAAAAUCUAUGCAUUUAAAUCUAUAAAACUAGCUAGAUGGAGAAUCACAAUAGUCAAGGACAAGGUCUUCUUGAAGAUCUUUUGACUCCAAUCACAAAUACUUGGACGACAUUUUGUAAUAAUCAAGAUUCUACUUUAUUCCCUAGUGUUUUUGACAACAAUUUUAAUGAAGAAGAAGAUUCAUUUCUAGCUUCUAAUUCUUCAUUCUUACAACUCAUUUCAUCUUCUUUGCAACCCACUUUUCCAAAUUAUGACAUUUCGAGUUAUUCGUCAUAUGAACAACAAGUCUUUGAUUAUGAAUAUGAUGAUAAACCAAUACCAAUGGUUGGAUUUCCAACAAUGUUGGAACAAGAGGAUGACAAGAAUCAUGAAAAACAUGAUCAAGUGGUUGUUUCUGAUAAUUAUCAAGUCCAAGAUGUUUUUAGUAUUGGACAAAAGGAAAGUAAAUCUAAGAAGGUUGAUGGGCAGCCCUCGAAGAAUUUAAUGGCAGAAAGAAGGCGAAGGAAGCGGUUAAAUGAUCGCCUUUCGAUGCUUAGAUCAAUUGUUCCAAGAAUAAGCAAGAUGGAUAGGACAUCAAUACUUGGGGAUACAAUAGAGUAUAUGAAAGAGCUACAAGAAAAGAUCCGCAAUCUAAAAGCACAAGAUUUGGAGUUGGUUUCAAAUAGCUUGAAUUGGAUGGUAAACAAUAAUAAAGACUUAAAAAUGAAUGAAGCACAAGCAAGAAAUAUAGCAAAGUUUGAAGUGGAGAGGAGAAACGUCGAUACUCGGAUUCAGAUAAGCUGCUCUACGAAACCCGGGUUGCUAUUAUCAACAAUGAACACAAUUGAAACACUAGGACUAGACAUUCAACAAUGUGUCAUUAGUUCUUUUGGUGAUUUUAACCUUCAAGCUUCUUGUUCUGAGGCAUUGGAAAAUCGAGUGAUGAUGAGUUCCGACGAGAUUAAACAAAUCUUAUUCAGAAAUGCAGGUUAUGGAGGAAAAGGCCUCUAAAUAAUAUCUAAAUUAUUAGGUAAGUUGUUUAGGAGAAUUUGCUAAUUAAUUUUCAAUCUUUCUUUGAACGCUCAAUGUUAGUCAUUUAUGGUUAGUUUUUUUGCGUUAGUAAUUAAACGUUAAUAUUCUGAUUUAAACUUGAGGGAAUUUGAUAAUUAGUUUGAAUUGUUUUGCAUAA